ACCAGCCCCAUCACGCCUUCAGGGGUUCAGUGCCGCCAGGUGGCGCGUCGGAGGGAACGGACAUGGACUUCGACUCUUCGUACCAGCACUAUUUCUACGACUAUGAAUGCGGGGAGGAUUUCUACCGCUCCACGGCGCCCAGCGAGGACAUCUGGAAGAAAUUCGAGCUGGUGCCGUCGCCCCCCACGUCGCCUCCCUGGGGCGCAGGUCCCGACGCCGGAGACCCAGCCCUGGCCAUCGGUCCCCUGGACCCGUGGCCUGGAGGAGGGGGUGCCGGGGACGAAGCGGACACCCGCGGCCACUCCAAAGCUUGGGGUCGGAACUACGCCUCCAUCAUCCGUCGUGACUGCAUGUGGAGCGGCUUCUCCGCCCGGGAACGGUUGGAGAGAGCCGUGAGCGACCGGCUCGCCAACGGCGCGCCCCGGGGGAACCCCCCCAAAGCGCCCGCCGCCUCCCCGGACUGUGCUUCCAGCCUGGAAGCCAGUAGCACCCCGGCCCCCGCCGCCCCGUGUCCUCUGACCGAGCCCAAGACCCAGGCAUGCUCCGGGUCCGAGAGCCCCAGCGACUCGGAAGGGGAAGAAAUCGACGUGGUGACCGUGGAGAAGAGACAGUCCCUGGGUGUCCGCAAGCCUGUGACUAUCACCGUGCGCGCCGACCCGUUGGACCCCUGCAUGAAACACUUCCACAUCUCCAUCCACCAGCAGCAGCACAACUAUGCCGCCCGCUUCCCCCCUGAAAGCUCGUCCCCCCAGAUCCCAGCUCCAGAGAGGGCUGCCCCAGAGGAGGAGGAGGAGGCUCUGGAGAGAGAAGCCCCCCAAGAAAAGGAAGAGGAGCCCAGUGAAGAAAUUGUGAGUCCCCCGCCUGUAGAAAAUGAGGCCACCCCCACCUACCACCCCAAGCCUGUCAGCUCCGACACGGAGGAUGUGACCAAAAGAAAGAAUCACAACUUUUUGGAGCGCAAACGGCGGAAUGACCUCCGCUCCCGCUUCUUGGCCCUGAGGGACCAGGUUCCCACGCUGGCGAGCUGCUCCAAGGCUCCCAAAGUUGUGAUCCUGAGCAAGGCCUUGGAGUACCUGCAGGCCUUGGUAGGGGCUGAGAAGAGGAUGGCGUCAGAAAAGAGGCAGCUCCGAUGCCGGCAGCAGCAACUGCAGAAAAGAAUCGCGUACCUCAGUGGCUACUGACUGACCUGAAGCCAGGCUGCUCCGUCUCACAAAGACCCGGGUUUAUUUUGUU